UGCCCCCGCGCCGCGACCGCGCUCGCUUCCCUCGCGGGGCCAAGCCCAACCCGCAGGCCUCUCUGCUCCUGAAUGCUGGAGAAAUGUGCACGUGCCCGAUGCCCUCCUGCGAUCCGGGAAGGUCGACAUUCCAAAACCCGCCUGGCCCUGGCCUUUCAGAGGAGGAAUCGCAGCUCGGCGUGAACUGCACAGGCGUAGCCACGCUGCAAGGCUUAACGGAGACGUCAGAUGUACAAAAACGGUCUCGUGCUUGCUUGUACAGUGGAGUUAGGUGUGUGGGCUCGGAAGAGCAUGCAGGUGUUCAUGCGCAGACUCAGGGCAGGGUCCUGCUCCAGACCAUCUGUGCAGCUGGCAUUGGUGGAACUUUUCAGUUUGGCUAUAACCUGUCCAUCAUCAAUGCCCCAACCGUGCACAUUCAGGAAUUCACCAAUCAGACGUGGCAGGCGCGGACCGGCCAGCCACUGCCUGACCACCUGAUCCUGAUCAUGUGGUCCCUCAUCGUGUCUCUGUACCCCCUGGGGGGCCUCUUUGGAGCGCUGCUUGCCGGGCCCCUGGCUGUCAUGCUGGGAAGGAAGAAGUCCCUCCUGGUGAACAACGUCUUUGUGGUGGCCGCGGCGAUCCUGUUUGGCUUCAGCCAUAGAGCAGGCUCCUUCGAGAUGAUCAUGCUGGGGCGGCUGCUCAUGGGAGUCAGCGCAGGUGUGGGCAUGAGCAUCCAGCCCAUGUACCUGGGGGAGAGUGCCCCCAAGGAGUUCCGGGGAGCCGUGACCAUGACCUCAGCCAUUUUCACUGCCCUGGGGAUCGUGAUGGGACAAGUGGUGGGACUCAGGGAGCUGCUGGGUGGCCGGCAGGCCUGGCCCCUGCUGCUGGCCAGCUGUCUGGUGCCUGGGGUGCUGCAGCUGGCCUCCCUGCCCCUGCUCCCCGAGAGCCCGCGCUACCUCCUCAUUGACCGUGGAGACACCGAGGCGUGCCUGGCAGAGAGAGCGGAAGAGAGAAGGAACGACCCCCUGCCCCUCCCUCCGGGCUGCCUGCUGCAGGCCCCUGGGAGCCGCGGGAGGCUGCAGGGAGCCCGUGCCCCAGAGCCGGCCCUGUGCCCGCCUCCCCAGAUGUACGCCUACGCUUCCUCCGUGUUCGGGGAGGCGGGAGUGCCCCCGGAGAAGGUCCAGUAUGCCAUCAUCGGGACCGGGUGCUGCGAGCUGCUCACAGCGUGUAUCAGUUGUAUGGUCAUUGAGAGGGUAGGCCGGCGGGUGUUGCUGAUUGGGGGGUACUGCCUGAUGACCUGCUGGGGGAGCAUCUUCACAGCGGCCCUGUGCCUGCAGAGCUCCUUCCCCUGGAUGCCCUACCUGGCCAUGUCCUGCAUCUUUGCCUUCAUCCUCAGCUUUGGCAUCGGCCCCGCUGGAGUGACAGGGAUCCUGGCCACGGAGCUGUUUGACCAGAUGGCCCGGCCUGCUGCCUACAUGGUCUGCGGGGCGCUCAUGUGGAUCAUGCUCUUCCUGGUUGGGCUGGGGUUCCCCUUCAUCAUGGAGGGAUUGUCCUACUUCCUCUAUGUGCCUUUCCUCGUUGUCUGUGUCUGUGGGGCCAUCUACACUGGCUUCUUCCUUCCUGAGACCAAAGGCAAGACCUUCCUGGAGAUCUCCGAAGAAUUGCACAGACUCAACUUCCCCAAGCGGAGCCAGGGCCCCCCGUGGAGGGGCCCCAAGGUCAUCCAGUCCACAGAGCUGUAGCCCCACAGUGGUGGCUGGAGCCCAGACAGAGCUUCCGCUUGUCCCUUUGCUUCCUCUCCAUUUACUAGCUCCUGUGUUUGUUCACUUAAUGAGUGCUUAUUAUAUGAGCACCUACUGUGUGCAGGAAUGGUGCCAGGUGCCUAGCAACAGUGGUGAGCCAGAGAGAUGGGAUCCUGGGCCUCUUGGUGUUCCCCACCUAGAGGCCGUUAACGAACAGGAAACCAA